CGAAAAGGACGAAAUAAUACCUUCUAUACCUGAGGACGAUCCCAACGAGUUUGCGCCGCUUAAUAAACAGUAUACUACAAGUAGGAGGAAAUGGCCCAUCCCAGACGGGUACGACUUCGAUGGAACGGGCAUAUUCCGGAUAAAUGGUGGGCAACACAAACUGACAACACUUGAAAAUACCCGAAGUGGCAAUCUCGAAGUAACUCAAGAAAUAAAAGGCAACUUCGUGUAUGUGACGUUUACUUUCAAUCCGUUCAAAUAUGAAAAUGCAGCGUCGUAUUACUUGAGGUUCAGGUCUAAGAGCAACAGACAGAAGAUGAAAUACCCAAAAUUUUUGACACUAAACGUAGCAACAACGUCAAUACAGCCAAAAUCCAUCGGACUACUCCCAAGCCAGCCUCUGAACGCCACGGCCAUCCCUCUGAAAUGUAACCGAUGCGUGCUGAAAGGAGUAAUGCUCCGAGCCCAGGAUGGGACGAUAGCGAACCUGGACCCCUCCAGAUAUAGCCUUAAGGGGAAUGACAAACAAAAGUUCAUCGAAAUAGAGCUGGACAGCACGAAACCACAGGAUUUCGGGGACUACUUCGCGAUUAUACAGAACGAAGACGGUACUGAAGAGAGAGUGAAGGCGUUGACUGUUGUUUCUCCACAAAUGGAUGUUCAAAAUGUGCUGAAUGCGGUCCGCCUCAAAACCUCAUCGAAAGUAGGGGAGCAUUAUGAUAGUCAGGUUAGCUUCACCUGCGACAACUGUGAACUUCUGGACGUAUUGUGUAAUGGAGAGAGCGUGCUGUCGGGUGGUAGGAUCACCGUCGUGCAAGGAGCCAAGCUGGUCAGCUUUAACUUCCCCAGUUUUGACGACACAAACUCGUGUGUGUACAUGGGUUUAUUUAAAAAGGACAGCAAAAUUUACAGAAAAAUAUUAGCUGUGUUCGAAAAUGACUCACCCGCGGUCAAGAUAAAUACUCCUCUAGUGGCGAAUUCUCCAAAACAAGGCGAGCAAUUCGAACAAGAAAUUAAUUACUCUUGUGACGAUUGUACUGUCGAAAAGGUAUCAGUAAAUGGAAUAGUACUUGAAAUGUCUGGCGGCAGAAGGAGUAAUGCAGCUGGCCCCUAUGCUUUCUAUGUGUUGACGCAAUCAUCAAUUGUGUUGAGAAUAAAUGAGUUCACGCCUGAAUACGAAGGGGUGUACCAGGCCGUCUUCGGCACGCAAGGAGGAAAUGUUACCAAAACUAUUUUGGAGCUUAAAGAUCCAUCUCAGAAAGACGAUGAAGCACCCGCAGACGGCGCAGGAGCAGAAACAACAACUGCAGCUGCUUCUGAAGCGAGUGCAGACAGUGGUGCGGCUACCGAGACCGCGGGAGAGACAACUGCAGCAGCUGAAGAAACCACUGUUGCUGCGAGUUAAAGUUUAGAUUUGAAGAUUACACGACGACUUUGGCAAGAAACUGUUACCUUGAUUAUUUUAUUAAAUAUAAAGCAUCGAAA